CACAGUUGAGAUGUUUGCCAGUGACUGCGGCUGAGUGAGAGGAGCAGGUGACUUGCGUGUGGGACCGUGUCUGCAACCACGCCAAUGCCACAAUGCGUGGCACCUGUGGCGUGUGUGUCUGGACUGUGACCAUCAACAAAGGCACUUCCGAAGCAAGCUCUUCCAUGCGAGACGUUGCCGUCGGCCGCUCUGCACCCGCCCGCGGCUUGGUUCAGCAGGAGCUAGCUAGCUCUCUCUCUCUCUCCACCUUGCUGAGAGCCGCCGGGGUUGGGUUACAAGAGGAAGCGGCGUCUUGGCGCUGGCGGGGACCGAUGUGGAAACUGGUGGUGUCCAAGAUCAGAAGGUUCCCUUGGAUCUCCAAUGUCGCCAUGUACGCCACUGUCUUCACAGCUGGGGACGUGGUCCAACAGAAUCUGUUCAAGAAGGAACCGCUGGACUUGAAACGGACACGGAAUGUCACCACUCUGGCGCUGACCUUCCACGGCAACUUCGUCUACCUGUGGCUGAAGGCCAUGGAGAACGUGUUCCCCGGCGCCAGCAUGGGCACCGUCCUGCGCAAACUGGUGUGCGACCAGCUGAUCGCCACCCCCACCGGCAUCAGUGCCUACUACAUAGGUAUGAGUAUUCUGGAUGGGAAACAAGAUAUCUUUGCAGAUUGGAAGGAAAAAUUCUGGAGCACGGAGAAGGUUGCAAUGGUUUAUUGGUCUAUAGCACAGAUAAUCAACUAUAGCCUGGUGCCAGUCUUCUUCAGAAUGGCCUAUUUUGGUUGCUGGGGGUUUGUGUGGAUGAUAUUCAUGUCCCAUUUACGGCACCACGACGACGGUCUUGCGGCAUCUAAAAGUCCAACAACUGUAAAGUUACGCUUGCAGAAUGAACUGAAAAAGUUCUUAGACAAUAUUUCAAAAUAAAUAGAGAGAUAUGUUGCACCAAUGUUAAGGCCAGUCUGUUAUCAUGUGUACAAUGACAUUUUGGGGUCUUAAUACAUUUAGUGCCAUCUGAAAGUAGAUUACAAAUUUCAACAAGUUUUUAACAGGUCAACCAAGCACAGAUCUCAUUAUUUUUAGUAAUGGUGGAAUUACCAAAAAGGUUAUGUCGUACAUGUGUAUUUUGCAAACGAGACACAAUGGUGGUGAAAAGGUUCCCUGACGAGAAAAUAAUUAUUUGCACAAAUCAUGGAAGCUGGAAUAGUGGCAGGAUGGAGAAAAAUGACAGGAUGAGUUAUUUGAGGGAACAGCGAUGGCGUAGUCAUGGGAUGAGCAUCUCAUGUAAGGGUCCACACUGUCACUGGUGGAGGAAUGUGUAAUGGUACCCAUGGUGCUACAGAUCACAUGUUUGUCUUCUUGCUGCAGGGAGGUUAUUCCCAAAGACACUAGACCAAGACAAAAGUCUACAUUAAUUUCUGCAAAUAUGCAAAGGAACAAAAGGACACCUGUGUGUAUAUAUAUAUGCCAGUAGCUGACUGAAUGUUGUUAAUCAGUAAUAAAAUCAUAACAUCA